AAUUACAAAAAUAAGUGUACUCCUACAGAAUAUUCCAUUAUUUAAUUCUAAAUAUGCUCACACGGUUCAGAUUCCAUUUAUUACAACUUAUCUCUUUGAAUCAGAAUUCUCAGUCCUGUUGCAAGAGCCUGCUGAUUGAUCUGCCUGUUCCAAGCAUCUCCCCCAUCUAGUCCAUCCUCCUUUCAGUUCUCAGAAGCAAUCUUUCUAAUGUGUAGGACUGACCAUGUCACCUACCUCCUCAGUAAACUUAGGUGGCUCCCUAUCACCUCCAGGAUCAAAUAUAAAACUCUCUGGGUAUUCAACACCCUUCAUGACCUACUUCCACCCUCUUCCUUCUCAGGCUUCUUACAAUUUACGCCCCAAAUAUACUCUGUGAUUCAGUGAUAUUGACCUCCUUGCUUAUUCCUUAAACAACAUACUCUAUCUCCCAACUCUAGGCAUUUUCACCGGCUGUUCCCCACAUCUGAAAUGCUUUCCUUCCUCAUCUCUGCCUCCUGGCUUCCGUCAAAUCCCAGCUAAAAUUCCACCUACAAGCAGCCUUUCCUGGCCCUCCUAAAUUCUAGUGUCUUCCAUUUGUUGACUUCGUGGUUUAAUUGUUUUCAGUUAUGUCCCACUCCAGAAUUCCUUUGGGGGUUUUCUUGGCAGAGACAGUAGAGUAGUUUACCAUUUCCUUCUCCAGCUCAUUUUAUAAAUGAGGAAACUGAGGCAAAGAGACUGAUGUUCCUUAUCCAGCCAGUAAGGGUCUGAGGCCACAUUUGAAUGCAGGAAGAGGAGUCUUCACAGCUCCAGACCUGGCACUCAGUCCAUUGUGCCACCUAGCUGCCCUUCUCUGUUGACGACUUCCAAUUUAUCAUAGAUAUGUUGUCUGUUGAUUAUUUAGUUUAUCAUAUAUAUAGUGUGUUUUUACAUAUACAUAUGCACAUGUGCACAUACAUAUAUACAUAUACAUUCAUAUAAAGAGAAACAAGAUCAAUCUAGUUUGUCCAUUACUGUUCACAGUUUGCCUCCCCGAUUAACUAUGAGCUCCUUGUGGGCAGGAAGUGCCUUUUUUUUUUUAAAGAGUCAAUACUGUGUAUUGGUUCCAAGGCAGAAGAGUGGUAAGGGCUAGGCAAUAGGGAUCAAGUGACUUGCCCAGGAUCACACAGCUAGGAAGUAUCUGAGGCCAAAUUUGAAUCUAGGACCUCCCAUCUCUAGGCCUGGCUCUCAAUCCACUGAGCUACCCAGCUGCCCCCUAGGAAGUGUCUUUUGAUGUCUUUAUAUCCUCAGCACUUAGUCCAGUACCUGGCACAUACUAAAUUAAGCUUAAUAAAUGUUCAUUGACUGACUUUUCUCAAUUGAAUACAAAACAAGAAGCAAACUGGAGUCUAAACAUAAUAUACACGAGUAUCUCUUUCAAAAACUAUAGUGGUGAAAUAAGCAGAACCAGGAAAACACUGUACACAGUAAGAGCAAUAUUGUGGAAUGAUCGACUGUGUAGACUUAGCUAUUACAACGAUUCAGGACACUUCUGAGGGACUUAUGGCCCAAGAAUGCUCUCCGCCUCCAGAAUGCAGAUGAAAGCUGGUGAAUCUUCACUUGCUUGUUUGGGUUUAUGUUUUGGAAUUUUGGUUUCAAAAUUAAUAAUAUGGAAAUAUAUUAUGCAUGAUAAUAUAUGUGUAACCCAGAUUGAACCACCUGCCAGCAUUGGAAGGGGGGAGGAAAGGGAGGGAGGGAGAUUCUUUUGAUCAUAUGACGUAGGAAAACUUGGGAAAUUGGUUAUUACAUGUAAUUGGUAAAAAAUAAAAUAAACUAUAGUGGGAAUGAAACUCUUGAUAAAAAACAGAAUCAGAGGCCUCAUUAACUAAUUUGACCAUGUUCUGAUAAAUAUUUGGCAAUUUUAUGAUACCAAAAAUAAUGCUAUAUCAAAUAAAGUUUCCCUAUAUCUUCACUAAUUAAGAUAAUCAUUACUACCUUAAUUUUAUUUUUUAUGUACAGACAUGUACAACAUGUCUGAUAAACACUAGGAUGUUUCAUAUUAAACAGGGAGUAUUGGAAGGUUUCCUGAGAGCCAAGAGGAACAAGGACUGAAAAGGGUUAGGAACCUUUGCUCUAUAAAAUGACGGACCUGGGGGGCACCUGGGUAGCUCAGUGGAUUGAGAGCCAGGCCUAGAGAUGGGUUCCAAUCUGACCUCAGACACCUCCUAGCUGUGUGACCCUGGGUAAGUCACUUGACCCCCAUUGCCUAAACCCUUACCACUCUUCUGCCUUGGAACCAAUACACAAUAAUGAUUCUAAGGUGGAAGGUAAGGGUUAAAAAAAAAUGAGGGAUCUGAUAUAAUGGAAUACUAUUGGUGAUAUCAAUCAGAGAGAAGUCAUGUUUAAGCAAUGACCACAACAUUAUAAAGACAAACAUGACUUCUCUCUGAGCAGCACCAUGACCGUACCUGAUUCCAGAGGACGGAUAAGGAAGCCCAAUAUCCCCCUUCUGACAGAGAAGAAAUGGAUUCGAGGCACAGUGCAAAAUACAUUUCUGGACGUGGACAGUGAAGGAAUUAGUUUUGAUCGAUUCUGCCUAUUUGCUGCAAGGACUUUUUCAUUUUUCUUUUAAAUUGAGGGUAAGGGAGGCAAAGAAAAAAUGCGUGUUAACAGAAAAUUAAAGUAAUUUUUUUAAUGAGAGAAUUGGGUGAGAUGAGAUCGAAGGUCUUUUCCUUUCCCUUCUAAAUGCUUCUUCUAAAUGACCUUAUGACAUUCCACCCAGAUCCAGGUCAGAGGAUUCAAGAUGGAAGAAACUCAUCACUUCGAUUUACUGGUGGGUUGGCCGGGGAGGCAUUCCCCAUGUAGGAGGCCCUUCUCUGGGGCUCCCAGACCCAGGAUGAGUAAAGAAUAAAGAUAGUUGAGAGGGAGGGGCUCGUGAAGUCCUGGGAAAUAUCUCUGUCUUUGAGCAGCUGAGUUGCAGCUGGGUCUGUGGUGUGGGAGGCAGUUUUGUGGGCACCCAUGGCAUGCCAUCCCCGCCCUCCACCUCCUCGGGAGCUCCAGCUGCAGCGUCUUUGCCUCCCAGGCUGGGCCAUGGCAGGGCCCUGGCUGCUGCUUCUCCUGACCCUGGGCACCCCAGCUCUCCCCACAGGUUCAUGCACUGCUCCUUUCCCAUCAAUGGCUCCUCCACUCACCCUGUUGGUAGAUGGGCAACCGAAGACACUGGUGAUCUGCCUGGUCUUCGAUGUCUCGCCCUCAUUUGGGGAUGGCUCCAUCUGGUUCUCAUCUGGCAAUGGCACCACCUUGGAAGCCUUCACUUAUGGCCCCUCACCAGCUGGAGAUGGCACCUGGAGCAGCAUGGCCCAGCUCUCCCUCCCUGCUGAGGAGCUGGCUUCCUGGGAACCUCUGGUCUGCCAUGCAGGGCCAGGUUGGAAGAAUCAGGGACCAAGCACCCCACCUCUUCAGCUAUCUGGUAAGCCCAUGGGAAAGACGUGUCAGCGGGAGCCAACCACUGUACCAAACAGCCUCUCCCAGGCGCUGAUCCUGGAGGUUAUUCGGCUCAUCCUCUUCAAGCUGCUUAUAUUUGACGUGCUGAUGACCUGCAGUCACCUCCGAAUGAUAGGAGUCCGAGCCACAAACAUGCUGACCUUGGGCCAAGGGCCUAACUCCUAGGACUGUGGCCAACAGGCACCGAUUGCUGCCCUCCUGCUCCCACGAUGUGAACAUGUUGCUGGCUGUGGGCCGAACAAGCAAAGAACUAAAUACCUGCCUGCUCGUCUUUAUCUUAUGGGAAUGUAAGUGGCCUGACCGUACUGAACAACUCCAUUUCCAGGCACCAGACUAAUCAUGCCUCUCUUCAGGAUCAACUUCCUCUGUGAAGCCCUCCUGGGUGAUGUAUAGGAGGUGUCAAAUGUUUCCCUACCUAAUGAGCCCCUACAUAUAUAUUUUUUUAAACCCUUACCUUCCAUCUUGGAAUCAAUACUGUGUAUUGGUUCUAAGGCAGAAGAGCAGUAAGGGCUAGGCAAUAGGGGUUAAGUGACUUGCCCAGGGUCACACAGCUAACAAGUGUCUGAGGCCAGAUUGGAACCCAGGACUUCCCAACUCUAGGCCUGGCUCUCAAUCCACUGAGCCACCCAGCUGCCCCCUCCCCCCAUAAAUUUAUUUCUAGGCCCAAUAGUGUAGAUGUUAGAGUCACCUUCGCUGCCUCAACUGUGAAAUCAGCUCUAGAAUUCCACAUACUUGAGACGUGAGCACCAUCAGACCUCAGGGUCUCUGGAUGGGGACCUGAGUGUCUAUUCUCAGGCUAGGGGCAAUAUGAGAGCUUCAGCUUUUAAGGAUCCCCAGGCCGGAAUAAAUAUACAAACAGAGACAGAUGCAUAUAAGGCCCAGACCACAGAGCCAGAAGAUGAAUUAAACAGAUAAUGGGAGGCAGCACCCCUUGGAAGCUAUCAAGGAGCUGGAGUGGGAUCUGGUCAGCACAAAAACAGCCAACAAUCCCUGACCCAGUGACGCUGCCUAAAAAUCUAGUCCAUCUCCCAGCCUACGGGGUGGAGGGGCAGCAGCCUUGGAGAGGUGAGAUGGGAGAAAAGUCCAAGGAUGAGAAUCUGGCGAGGAAUAGGCGGGAGGCUCGGGCUGCCAGACUCUUGACAAAGCUACCACCACCACGAGCUGGAUGUGAUGCCGAGGCUGGGGCAGGCAAGCCGAGAAGCUUCCCUGAAGCCUCACAGCUUCAGAGAGGUGACGCUCCAGAGAUGGAGGAGAGGCGGCUGUGAUACUGACGCAAAGGGGAUGUGGCCGGGAGACCAGACAGGGCAGACUUCACAUGCCAUCCCCACCAAGGCUUUGUGUUGUUUUCUAUUUCACCAUUUGUUUAAAAAGAAACUCGUUUCUUUGACAUGGUGGCUUUUUCUGUGUGUGGGCCUAUGGUGCCCUUGGAGGGUGGUGUUGGAGGGUGAGGUAUACAAGAAGUUAUUAUAUUGCUGGAAAUUUCCUGGCAAAAUUAGGGGCGCAGGGGAAACAAAAGAGAUUUAACUGAUUUCCAGUGUUAGAGUUCCACCAAAACCUAGAUAAAUUCGAGUCAACAGUCCUGUGGAGCUGAAAUGGGGCUUCCACAGGCUGUAACCUCAGACACGGGGCUUCCACAGGCUGUAACCUCAGGCACCUCGUUCCUAUUUUUCUGCUGUUCAAAAUCGAAAGCAAAAUAGUUUUCCCAGGAGCAGAACUAAAAGUCUUGACUAGAGAGAAAGUUACACUUGAAGGAAGAUUCUGGGGAAAAUAGCACCACCCAGUAAUGGUGGGUAGGGGCCAGCCAAAAGCAUUACACUAUCUAGACAAACAAAAGAAAACUGAGAUUAUGCUUCUUUACCAACAGGAGUUUCAUGGUUUAUACCAAAAGAUUUGUGCAGAAUUACAGGAGGAGGGUUGGGUUUGGAACCAGGGGAGCUUGGUCCAAAUCCUUACACUAUUAUUUAAUUCCUGUCUGACCUUGAUCAAGUCCCUUAACCUUUGAACCUUAAAUCCACCAUCUGUUUAAAAAAUGUAGUGUGGGGGAGAAUUGGGUUAGAUGAACCCCCAAGGUCCCUUCCCUCUCUAACUCUACCAUCCUUUGUUCUCUGGGAAAACUUCUUUUGAAUUAGAUAGUCUUUUAGCUCUGACACUGGACAGGGAAAGGGAAAGAGAUGGCAGGAAGGGAUGCCAGAGAAAAAGAAUGUAGGAUCCUCCUAGAAAUUUUAAAUGAGAGAGCAUGGUCCAGAGCCAAAGCCUUGUGUGGACUUGAUGGGGAGUUUGUGAAGGAGCUGAUUGGGGAAUGAGAUCAUCCCAUACAGAGUUGUGCUUUGCUUUGGAAAGUUCCAAUAUUGAAAUGCCAAACUAAGUUAAUUAUUCACUUUAUGAAGAUUAUUCACAUAACCAAAAAGUAUUAUUUGAUUUACAAUGGCCCAAGGUAUUCCUCGUACCUCUAAGUUAAUGAUUGAGUAGUGAGGAAGGGAAAGGGAACCUUAAAGUCACUAGGCUGGAAACUAAUUUCCUCUAAAGAAUAUCAGGAUCAUAGACUUACAGCUGGAAAACCUGAGAGGUCAUUUAGUUCAACUCUCUCUUUUUAGAGCUGAGGAAAUUGAGGCCCAAGGCAGGUCAAAGUGGCUUGCCCAGGUUCACACAAGUAGUAGCAAAACUAUGGUUGUUUUGUUUUGUUUUAAACCCUUACCACCUUCUGUCUUGGAAUCAAUUCUAUGUAUUGGUCCCAAGGCAGAAGGAAGAGUGGUAAGGGUUAGGCAAUGAGGGUUAAGUGACUUGUCCAGGGUCACACAGCUAGGCCAGAUUUGAACCUAGGACCUCCCAUCUCUAGGCCUGGCUCUCAAUCCACUGAGCUACCCAGCUGCCCUGAACUAUGGUUUUAACUCAGGUCCCUUUGAUAAUUCAGCCCUCUUUCCAUUGUGCCAGAUUAUCUCACCCAUCAGGAUGAAUGAAGCUAUUCUCUAAGGCUAGAACAUAAGAAUCUAAGGGAACUACUAGGUGAGAGGGAGAGAAGUAGAGAAUAUAAAUUAACUUGAAAAACAUUCCUCUUAGCAGAACCAGAAGAACACUGUACACCAUAACAGCCAUAUUGUAAUGAUGAUCAACUGCAAAAGACUCAGCCACACGGAUUGAUAACAAUGAUCCACAACGAGUCCAAAGGACUCAUAAUGAAAAAUAUUAUUCACCUUUAAAGAGAGAAUGGAACUCUGAGUGCAGAUUAAAGCAAAUUUUCUUUCACUUUCUUUCCUUUUUAAAUUUUUUGUCCUCGUAACAUGGCUAAUGUGGAAAUAUCUUUGUAUAUAUUCAUAUAUAUCAUGGCUAUUGUUGAUGGGUGGGGAGGAUCUAGAGGGAAGGUGAGGAUUUGGAACUGAAAAUAAAUUUUUUAAAUUUCAAAUUAAAUUUUAAAAAAAGAAGAAAAAAAUUCCUCUUAUAUUUGAUAACUGUGAGAACUCCCAGUUCAUUAUUGAUGUGAGGCUUGUUUGAAAAGCAAAAGAAAUUCUGGGCCCUCUCUGUCCUGAUAAUAACAAUUAUCAUAGCUCACAUUCUGAUAGCAUUGUAGUUUAUAAACACUCUGAAGAUAAGGAGAACAAAAAUCAUUUUAUAAAUGAAGAAACUGAGGCAAAAAAGAGAUGAAAAGAAUUGUCCAAAAUCACACAGGUAGCCAGGAUUUGAAUCUAACUUUCCAGAUUCUAACUCCAGUAGUCUUCCUAUUAAGUGCUGCCUCUCCUCAUCCCUAGGGAGAACUAUGAAAUCUCUUUACCAGGAAAACUAGAUGGCCUCAAGACCCUGUGUGAGGUGUGCUUAUGGGGAAUCUGGGUGUUCAGCAUCACAUCCAAGAGUAGAAGGGAUAAUUGGAGAAAAAAUGGAAACCUUAGGUUUGGGUCAUCAUCUUAAUAUCUGCAAAAAGUGAUGGUCAAAGUUUGGAAGGGUCUCUUUCUACUCUCCUUGCCAGGGGUCCACAGGCAAAAACAGUAUUCACCUUUCAAGACAAGAAAUGUCAUUCUUUUUUUUCUUUUUCUUUUUUCAAUUUUUUCUCAAUUACAUGUAAAAAGAAUUUUUUUUUUAGUUUUUAAAACAUUAUUUUAUUUGGUCAUUUUCAUACUUUGUUCAUUGGAAACAGAUCGUUUUCUUUUCCUCCCCCCAACCCCCCCGCCACCCCUUCCCUAGCCGAUUCGUCUGGGUAUCACAUGUGUCCUCCUUGCUCUGAACCCAUUUCCUUGUUGUUGGUAUUUGAAUUAGGGCGCACAUUUAGCAUCUCUCCUCGAUCAUGUCCCCUCGACCUCUGUAGUCAAGUAGUUGCUUUUCCUCGGUGUUGUAAAAAGAAUUUUUAACAUUCAUUUUUUUACAUUUUGAGUUCCAAAUUCUCUUCCUCCUUCCUUCCCCUUUCCCCUCCUGGAGAAGGCAAGCAAUUUUAUAUAGAUUAUGCAGGUGUGAUCAUGAAAAACAUAUUUCCAUAUUAGCCAUGUUACAGAAGGAAACAGACAAAAAAGUUUUAAACGUAUGCUUCGAUCUACAUUCAAAAUCCAUCAGUUCUUUCUCAGAGGUAGAAGGGUCAUUUUUUAAAAAUUUAAGUAGAUGAUUUAGAAUAUUUUUCCAUGGUUACAAGACUCAUGUUCUUUCCCCCCACCCCCCUCCCAUCUCUGAUGCACAGUUCCACUGGGUUUAACAUGUGUCAUUGAUCAAGACCUAUUUAGAAGGGUCAUUUUUAAUGAUGAUCAUGAUAAUAGCAACUCAUAGUUAUAGAAAGUUUCCUCAUUUGCAGAGCAUUUUACAUCCAUGACCUCAUUCAACCUUCAUGACAACCCUCUGAGAUAGAUACUAACCACAGCUGUUCCUUGGCUUCAUUAUUCAUUCAGUUAUUCAACAAGUAUUCAUGAACACCAUUUUUUUCUUCUAAAAUAUUUUAUUUAUCUUUUUAUCUAUUGAUUUGAUUAUCUUUCUCAAUUGCCAAUGACUCUUCUUCACCCUCACCCCAUGAGGCCCCUCCUUGUAAUAAGAGGAAAGUCCCCAGUCAUGCUUCACUUCCCUUCUUCCUCUCUGGCUAGCUCCUCCCCCGCUGCCAUGGUGACAGCUUCCACCUGAGUACCAUCCCCCCAAAUCCCUCUAAUUCUGGAACCAUGAAUGAGGAUCAAAUUCUGUCAAAUCAGCCUCCGCCUCAGUACCCCACUUAUCAGCCCUAUGACUUUCUGGACCACAGCGCCCCAACUUGGUCACCAUCCGGUCAUUGUUGUUUUCCUCCUUAGAAUGUAAGCUUCUUCACUGUACACAGUAACAGCAAUAUUGGACGAUGAUUAUCUGCGAAACGUGGCUCCUCUCAGCAAUGCAUAACCCUGAAAGAGUCACGACAGGGAAGGCUCUCCACCUCCAGAGAAAGAACUGUGGGAGUCGUUUUUCCCAUCAGUGUAUUUAUGGUUUGAUUUGGGGGUUGGGGUUAUGUAUGGCUUUGCUCUUACAAAGACCAAUGUAGAAGUGGGUUUUGCAUGACAAUAUAAAUAAAAAUUUUUAAAUAAAUAAAUAAAUAACCAGGGCAUCUGGGAACAACAACAAAAAAAGAAGGUAAGCUUCUGGAGAAGGGUCAUCUUUGCUUUUGUAUUGUAAUGCCUGUGAGAAGACACAAAGAAUAUUAAGAAAGGGUCCUUGUCUCAAGGAGCUCAUAUUCUAAAGAAAUGAGCUCGGAAGGGAACAAGAACAAUUGAAUUUUGCCAAGGAGGAAAACUAUUUCUGUAUAGCAUUUGCUAUUCAAUGUAAGAUGUGUGGAUACAAAAGAUAUGUAUAUCCGUAUGGGUUGUCUAAAUACAUAGACACAGCUCAAGGGUGGCAUGGAAUUAUCUUUAGAAUCUAUUCCACCCUUCUCAAAGAGAGGCUACAAUUUCUGCUUUGAGGGAAACUGGAGAAAAGCCAUGGCUGGAUUUUUUUUUCCUUCUCUCUAUCUUUAAAAUAAAAAAACAACAACCAGGUAGUUGGGUGGCUCAGUGGAUUAAGAGCCAGGUCUAGAACCAAGAGGACCUGGAUUCAAAUGUGACCUCAAAUACUUCCUAGCUGUGUGACCCUGGGCAAGUCACUUCAACCGCAUUGUCUAGUGUGCAGGUGGAAAAUUUGCCACACUUGAGCCACAUUCCCAGCAUCCUUUUAAGUUAUAUCCUCAUUUACGGAGGCUUGGGAGAUAAAUUUGGCUGAGACCCACGAUGCAGGGCUCUUUUUGGGAACUUGUGCUUUUGGUAAAGUGCUGCAGGUGUGAGUCUCUGGCUCUCUUUGCUCUGCUCACUUGACUGAAAGAACCCUUUCCCUUUUCCUUCUUUUAAUUAUUAUUAAAAUCCUACACUAGCCCUUACUACUCUUCUGCCUUGGAACCAAUAUAUAAUCCUGAUUCUAGGAUGGAGGGUAAAUCUUUUUUUUUUUAACUCUUGCCUUCUGUCUUAGAAUCAAUACUGUGUAUUGCUUCCAAAGCAGAAGAAUGGUAAGGGCUAGACAAUGGGGGUGAAGUGACUUGCCCAGGGUCACACAGCUAGGAAAUGUCUGAGGUCAUAUUUGAACCCAAGACUUCCCAGCCUCGAUCUUUGGAACCACUUAGCUGCCCCCUAUCCUCUAUCUUUAAGAGAAAUAUCAGACUAAAAUUAAAUCUAUCUGCCUUCUCUUCUGAGCCAGACUCCCCUAGACUACUUUUUUUCUCAAUUCCAUGUAAAAACAAUUUUUAACAUUCAUUAUUAAAGAUGUCAGGUUCCAAAUUCUCUUUCCCUCCCUUUCUUCCUUUCCCCCCCAUGUUGAGAAAGUAGGCAGUUUGAUAUAGAUUAUACAUGUGCAGUUAUGUAAAACCUAGUUCCCUAUUGGCCAUGUUACAAAAGAAAACACAGACAAGAAAAAAAAAGUUUAAAAAGUGUGCUUCACUCUACAUUCAGAGUCCUAUCAGCUGCUUCCCUGGUCACACUUCCAAGGGGAAAAUAGCCCUUACCCUUAGCUUAUACUUCCCAGCUUAGCUCUUUCCCACCAAAUGCUGAUUAUCUAAGAGAUCAUUACAAAUAGCAAAUAAAGCCAUAUGUUCAAACAAACAGAAAAUAGAAAUCAGAGACUUACAUAAAUUAG